UGCAACCACAUUCAAUCCAAGAUCUGAAUUUCUGCCUUUAUAGAUCUAUCAUCAUGGAUUUCAUGAAGGUCAUCGAUCAGACAGUUCGCGAAAUAAAGAGGGAGGUGAAUUUGAAGGUUUUGAAGGUUCCGGAGAUCGAACAGAAGGUAUUGGAUGCGACAGAUAAUGAACCUUGGGGUCCUCAUGGCACUGCAUUGGCUGAAAUAGCACAGGCCACUAAGAAAUUCUCUGAAUGUCAGUUAGUAAUGAAUGUUCUGUGGACAAGAUUAGGUGAAACUGGCAAGGACUGGCGUUAUGUUUACAAGGCAUUGGCUGUUAUAGAAUAUUUGGUUUCCCAUGGAUCUGAACGUGCAGUAGAUGACAUAAUAGAACAUACUUUUCAGAUAUCAUCUUUAUCAAGUUUUGAGUAUGUUGAGCCAAAUGGGAAGGAUAUGGGAAUUAAUGUGCGGAAGAAGGCAGAGAUCAUAGUGACCCUUCUGAACAACAAAGAUAAAAUAGAAGAAGUUAGAACUAAAGCUGCUGCAAAUCGUGAAAAGUACUUUGGACUUUCAUCUUCUGGGAUAACAUAUAAGACUGGUUCGGCCUCCUCUUAUGGUAGUGGUGGCUUUCAAAGUAGUGAUCGUUAUGGAGGUUUUCAGGAGGAUAGUUAUAAAGAAAGGGAUUGGUAUGGAGAGGAUAAGUUCGAAAAGGAUACAUUUGGAAAGUCACGUCGAGGGGCUGCAAGUGAAAAUCAAGGGAGCACGUUGAAGAAGGGGUCUUUACGCAAGGGUCAAGAUAAUAUUGCAUCUAACGCAUCAAAAUCAGCAACAAAAUCAAAAGACUCAGAUAAUUACAGUUCAGGUGUUCCGUCAAAUAAUUUUGAUGAUGAUUUUGAUCCUCGUGGGGUUUCUAGUAACAAACCAGAUGCUGGAAGCUCUAAACAAGUGGAUCUGUUUGGAGACAGUUUGAUUGGUGACCUUAUGGAUGCACCAACUUCAGUUCCUGCAGAAACAUCUGCAUCGAAUGGCAAUUCCUCAGAGGUUGAUCUUUUUGCUGAUGCAGCUUUUGUAUCAGCAAAACCUCAGCCAGAAACAGGAACAAGUUCUCAGACUAAGACCGAGGUCGAUCUAUUUGCUUCGCAACCUGCUGUGUCAUCUGCAGUUCCUUCACCAGUUGACUUUUUUGCCACCUCGGAGCCAGUUGUGCAGCCACCAGCCAAGCCUUCAAAUUCUGGACCAACAAAUAUCGACAUUGUUGAUCCAUUUGCUACGGUUCCACUCAAUAGUUUUGAUGGAUCUGAUCUUUUUGGUGCUUUCACUUCUAACUCCGAGUCAGUAUCUACUGAAGCUACACAAAAUCCUACCAGUGAUUCCAGCCUUAACAACUUGGGCGGAAAGUCUUCAUCAGUCUCAACUACUCAAACCAAAAAGGACGCUUUCCAGGUGAAAUCUGGAAUUUGGGCAGAUUCACUAAGUCGUGGGAUAAUUGAUCUUAAUAUAUCUGCUCCCAAGAAGGUAUCAUUGGCCGAUAUUGGUGUUGUGGGUGGACUGAGUGAUGGAUCAGAAGAAAUUACAAAGGGCCCUCCCACUUCAUUUUACAUGGGAAGAGCAAUGGGCACGGGGUCUGGUCUUGGUAGAUCUGGGUUUACAUCUUCACAAGCAACAGUUGAAGAUGACUUAUUCUCAAACCUUGGUGGCCAACAAUAUCAAUAUGGUGGCAGCUUCAAAAAGUAAAAUUUUUUAUUUUUUUAUUUUUGGUUCAUUUAUCCAGUGUAUUCUCAAUAUUCUUUUGCCCACUUGGCUAAGGUAUUUGAAGUGUUGAGCAUAUUUGUGUGCUUAGUUGUUCUUGUUCGUAAGUAAAUACAUGAAAAAACAAUAUGGUGACUUGAUUAUUGCGCCUGAUUAUAAGGAGAGACUUUGGAUUGCUGUAUGUUAAAUUUUAUUGAUAGAGUUACUUCUAUGUAAGAGUACCGUCAAGUUCUGA